CGCAGGGGGCGUGACCAACCGCUGCCGUAGCUGCUGCGGCUACAGCCAGAAGAGACACACGCAGACACAGGACGGCGGUUCGUGGACACGCUUCCUCACAAUAGUUGUAUUUAUAAUCCAACAAACGGAUAUUUCCCCACAACACGCACCCGGAGCGAUUGUGAACUUCUGCCGCCCCGUCUGGAAGAUCAUCCUCACUGAACCCGGAUCAGCUUCCCUCCACCUCCACCUCAUCCAUCAGUAGCCUAGAGGACAAACUGCUUUCUGGAGCAGGAAGAGGGGCACCUCCCAUGGGAGUGUGUGACUGUGUGUGUGAAGGUGUGUGUUCAGGCCUCCAGCCGUCGCCCGCUGAUCCCGGACAGGCAUGGCGGGGGUCCGAGAGCGUGUCUCCCGGUCACAGAGGCCGUGGUCGGUGUACCGGGCCAACACAUUCGAGCUGUCCAAUGAGAUGAUCGGCUUGGCUCUCGCAGGAAACAGUCAGGACCCAGAUCAGCCUGUGCUUGAGUUCAGCGUGGCCUGCACAGACCUGCUGACCCCUGCUCUGGAUCGGAAACCCAACAGCUUUGUAGCAGUGAGCUGCACGACCCCCCCGCAGGCCUUCUGGACCAAACACGCCCAGACCGAGGUCAUAGAGGGCACCAGUAACCCCAUCUUCCUCAGCAGCAUCGCCUUCUUCCAGGAGUCCAACAUCAACCAGCAGACGCAGGUCAAGCUGGCCGUCUACGACGUCAAGGACCGCUCCCAGGGGACGAUGUAUAUGUUGGGCUCAGCACUUUUUCCUGUUAAGGAGUUGUUGCAAGAGCGGAGCCACAGAUUGCGACUCGAACUGAGAUCAGCAGAGAGCGAGCGGGUGGGGAACAUCAGCAUCGCUGCGUGGCAGAUGGAGGAGAGAGCCGAUCAGAGGGUGUCGGUCAGCCGCCUGCCAGACAGCGUCAACGGCCGGACGAUGCUGCCUGUCGACCAGAGCCUCACCGAGUCGAUGGGAGUCCGAAUCAAGUACGCCUCGCUGUGCAAAGACACGCUGCUGCGCUCAGUGUUCGGAGGCACCAUGUCUAGAAUGUACCGCUUCCCCACGACUGAUGGGAACCACCUACGGGUGCUGGAGCAGAUGGCUGAGAGCGUCCUCUCGCUAAACGUCCCCAGACAGUUUGUCAAGCUGCUGCUGGAGGAGGACACCGCCAGGGUGUGUGAGCUGGAGGAGCUGGGCGAGUUGUCCCCCUGCUGGGAGAACCUGCGGAGACAGAUUGUCUCUCAGUACCAGACCAUAAUACUCGCAUACCAGGAAACACUGUCCGACCUCAAUCACUACAGAGGUCCAUCGUUUAAAGCCAGUAACCUGAAGCUGAGGAAACUCGAGUUCAUGCCGACCAACCUGCACGUCCAGAGGAUGAGGGUGCAGGAUGAGCUGGGCUUCGAACACACGUAUGAUGUGAUAACCAUCGGAGCUCCGGCCGCUCACUGCCAAGGUUUUAAAAACAGCGGUUUGAGGAAACUCAUCCAGAAAUUUGAGGAGGCAAAGAAACACGUAUAUGAGGAGGAAUGCGCCGUGUCCAGCUCGCAGUCCAUCGUCUACAUACCCCAGGACAUCGUCCGUGCCAAAGAGAUCAUCGCCCACAUCAACACGCUGAAGACUCAGGUCAGCUACUACGCAGAGAGGAUUUCACGCGCUGCCAAGGAUCGAUCCGCCAGCGGACUGGAGAGGACACUCGCUAUUCUGGCUGAUAAGACUCGUCAGUUGGUGACGGUAUGCGACUGUAAGCUGCUGGCUACAGCUAUUCAGGCCCUAAACGCAGCACGGCCCGAGUACAUCGCCUCCAAAGUGUCUCCCUCCGCUGACUCGGAACAAGUAGUCCUGCGUAACGACCAGGACACGCUGCUCGCCAAGUGGAGUGGCAGCAACAGCCGAUCCUCUCUGCACGUUGACUGGCAUGAAGAGGAGUGGGAGAAGGUUUGGGGGAAUGUGGAUAAAUCUCUGGAGUGCAUCAUCCAGCGUGUUGACAAGCUGCUUCAGAAGGAGAGGAGGCCCAGCGUCAGCAGUCAGGACAGUGCACUGACUGACCUGCAGGGCGGCGCCAGUAAGAAAGACGAGGAAAAGGAAGGGAAAAGACGAGCUUUCUGGAUCAACCCAGGAAGUAUCCCAUCAUUACCUUCAUCAUCAUCAUCAUCAUCACCUCCACGGUCAUCAUCACCUCCACCAUCCUCUUCCUCUCUGCCGGCCCUCUGCUCCGCACAAGAGUUCUAUGGAAGCCCUAGUGCUGAGGAGGCGUACCCAGGCGAGUGGAGCGAGGCGUUGUACCCUCUCCUCACAACGCUCACCGAGUGCGUUGCCAUGAUGAGCGACAAGGCCAAAAAGUCCAUGGUCUUCCUGCUGAUGCAGGACAGCGCCCCGACCAUCGCCAUGGACCUGUCGCUGCAGUACCGCCGCGACGUGGUCUUCUGCCAGACGCUCACUGCUCUCAUCUGCGGCUUUAUUAUCAAACUGAGGAACUGUCUGCGUGACAACGGAUUCCUCCGACAGCUCUACACCAUCGGCCUGCUGGCUCAGUUUGAGUCUCUACUCAGCACCUACGGAGAGGAGUUGGCCAUGUUGGAGGACAUGAGUGUCGGCAUCAUGGAUCUUCGUAACGUCACCUUUAAGGUGACCCAGGCCACCGGCAGCUCGGCCCCCGACAUGUUGCCGAUCAUCACCGGGAACCGGGACGGCUUCAACGUCCGCAUCCCGCUGCCGGGGACCAUGUUCGACGCGUUGCCCCGGGAGAUCCAGAGCGGCAUGCUGCUGAGGGUCCAGCCGGUGCACUUCAACGUCGGCAUCAACGAGCAGCAGACGCUGGCUGAGAAGUUCGGAGACACGUCCCUGCAGGAGGUCAUUAACCUGGAGAGUCUCUCGAGGCUGAAUUCAUACUACGAACAGUUCAAAGAAGUCCUGCCUGAAGACUGCCUCCCAAGGUCUCGUUCUCAGACUUGUCUCCCUGAGCUGCUGAGGUUUCUGGGGCAGAACGUCCACGCCAGGAAGAACAAGAACGUGGACAUCCUCUGGCAGGCGGCCGAGAUCUGCCGCCGGCUCAACGGGGUUCGUUUCACCAGCUGCAAGAGUGCCAAAGACCGGACGGCCAUGUCGGUGACCCUGGAGCAGUGCCUGAUCCUGCAGCACGAGCACGGCAUGGCGCCGCAGGUCUUCACGCAGGCCCUCGACUGCAUGCGCAGCGAGGGCUGCAGACGAGAAAACACCUUGAAGAACGUCGGAUGCCGAAAGUAUGCGUUCAACUCGCUGCAGCUCAAGGCCUUCCCCAAGCAUUACCGCCCCCCCGACGGCACCUACGGGAAAGUGGAAACCUGAUUGGCCGUCUGCGGGAGGACUAAUACUGGACGGUGUAGGUAAUUUGAUUUGAGAAGGCCGAGAUGGGGGCGCCACGUCAGCUCGUUACAGUCUCAGAGGGUUUGGAUUAGAUUUAUUUGAAGGUAGACUCAGUGAUUCAGUGUCACACUAAUAAACAGUUGCUCCUUCCUUUAAAACAAGUCUCGGAUUCCCACCACCUCGGUGUGAUAACUGUUGUGUAACAGUAGUUACUGAUGCCGUAUCACGCACAACACGCUGACUACAUGAAUGUAAAUAAACAGCACUGCCUCACCCCCCCCCCCCCGAUCGGGGUCCGCUCCACUGUGAUCACCAUCAGCCACACACACACGUUUAUAUCAUGCUCCACCAUCUGAAUCAAUAAAACCACAUGUUUAAAUUCAAUUAUAUACAGUAUAAAUAAAACUAUUAUGUAUUUUCAGCCCACCGUUUGGACACAUUUGUUGUUUUUUUACUUCAUUCAUUACGUCGGCGAGUGUCUGUCUAUGUAGUUUGGAUGUUUUCCAAAGACUUGCAUAAAAUAUUAAGGCUUUGUGUGUGUGUGUGUGUGUGGGGGGGGGGGGGGGGGGGAUGACUCAUCAUUCAGACAAUAAGGUUUGCGUGAAUUUAUAUUUGUAAUUGUUAUCAACAGAUCUCAUAAUUAUAGCACAGACAGAGGCUCGCAGCCCCAAGCCCAAGAUGUUAAUCUUCAAAAAUGUAGCACAAAUAUAUUUUUGUUUU